AUUUAUUUAUUGAACAAGUGUGAUUUACACGAAAUAGAAGAUUAGUUGUAUUAUUUUCAAGGCAACAGUACAGUGCUGUAGUGUUUAGUCUCCUUUAAGAGAUAUGGAGAUAUUGACUAAUUAUGCAGAGGAAGUAAGAUGGAAGAACAAGAGCCUCUGCUGGAUAGCGUCGAUCAGAAAAAUGCAGGAGGCUUCAGAAAUAUGUCAUUCAUCAUCGCAAAUGCGUCGUUUGAGAAGGCAGCAACUUUCGGGCUGAAUGCAAAUAUGAUUCUGUACUUGACAAAUGACUAUCAUUUGGGCAUGGUCAGUGGGGCAAAUAUUGUAAAUUUAUGGACAGCAGCUGGAAAUUUUUUGCCUGUUGUGGGUGCUUUUGUUGCAGAUUCGUCUGUAGGUCGCUAUCCAUUGAUUGCAUUUGGAUCCAUUGUUGGCCUUAUGGGAACGAUUCUGUUAUGGCUAACAACCAUGAUUCCACGAGCAAGGCCUCCCUUCUGCAGUGUUUCUACCGCACAAUGUGACCCCUCCACUACUUUCCAAGUGAUUGUUUUAUGCUUCUCUCUCGGGCUCUCAUCAAUUGGCGUCGGGGGAAUCAGAUCAGCUUCCAUGGCCUUUGGUGCAGAUCAAUUUGUCAAGGGAUACAAUAAGGAAAAAAGUUUGGCAGCUUUAGAAAGUUACUUUAGCUGGUAUUAUGCUGCUACUGUACUCGCGAUCACCAUUUCUUUAACUUUUGUUGUCUAUAUUCAAGAACAAUUAGGUUGGCAAGUUGGUUUUGGAAUUCCUGCCGUGUUCAUGUUGUUGGGAGCUUUGUUAUUCUUUUCGGCAUCCUCAUUCUACAUCAGAUCAAAGGAUACAUCAAGCCUGAUCACCGGCUUUUUCCAAGUGAUUGUAGCAUCCUACAAAAACAGAAAUUUCACAUCUGACUCAGAUAAAACUAUUGUCUACCACCAUAAGAAGGAAUCAGAACUUAUAGUACCAAGCGCGAAACUGAGGUUUCUCAAUAAAGCCUGCAUUGUUGGAGACUCUAAGAACUACUUGACUGGCAAGCAGAUUCCGGGCUCAUGGAGCCUCUGUACAAUAGAUCAAGUGGAGGAGUUAAAGGCGGUAUUGAAGGUGAUCCCAAUGUGGUCAACAGGAGUCUUAAUGUCUGUAACCGUGAGUCAGGGCAGCAUAACAUUAGUCCAAACAAUGUCCAUGGAUCGACACAUCACUUCAAGCUUUGAAAUCCCAGCAGCAUCAUUAAGCAUCUCCUUUUUCAUUUCUGCCAUACUAUGGAUUCUUUUUUAUGACCGCGUAAUUGUCCCAAUAGCAUCAAGAUUAUUAGGAAAGCCUUUUUAUCUCACCCCCAAGCUGAAAAUGGGAAUUGGAAUACUUCUGUCAAUUUUAUUUAUGGCUGUCUUAGCAUUCAUAGAAUACACAAGAAGAGGAAUUGUACUAAAACAAAAAAUUUCAGACAAUCAAGAAUCCGCGGCAAAAAUGUCUGCACUCUGGAUUAUUAUACCAUACUGUUUGAUUGGCAUUGGAGAGGCUAUGAACACAGUAGGCCAAUAUGAGUUCUUUUACUCAGAGUUCCCGAAAAGCAUGUCAAGCAUUGCUUCAACUCUGCGUGACUUAUCCUUGUCUGUCGGAGGCUUGGCAGCAACUUAUAUAUUGACCAUUGUCGAUCAGGUUUCAAGAAGAAACGGAAAACCAAGUUGGAUUUCAAGCAACAUAGACCAGGGUCAUUAUGAUUACUAUUAUUUGGUGAUUGCUGGCUUGUGUGUUAUCAACAUGUUCUAUUAUGUUCUUUGUAGUUGGGCUUAUGGUCCUUGUGAAUUGUCAGCUAGGAAGGAUUUUCAGCAACAAGAUAAAAUUGAUGAGGACUGAUUUAGUUUGGUUAAGAUAAUGGACUUGCUUAUGCACUGUAUUGUAAAAUUUCUUCUGUUAAUAAUUUUUGUAAAUUAGUAUCAAUUCAAACCUUU